CCGGGCCCCACGAGCCCCGGCGCCAGGCUUUGCCCGGGGAGGCUCCGCCCUGGCCUUUUCUUUCCGGGGGCGCCCCUUGGGCAUGUGUGGCUGCCUCUUGGCAUCCUUUUCUUGUUUUGGAAGCCGAGUGAGGGGGCACGUGCACUUGCUCUAACGAGGAACAACAACAACAACAGCUUGCUUUCACACGUUGAGUGACCCGAUUUAGCCAGGCUUUCUUUCGUUUCAGAACGCACCAAAGCGUCUACCAUGUGCUAGCCCUUGGAGCUGGAGAUAAAGAGUAUACCGUGGUGACCGAAAUAGACCGGGUUACCUCCAGUAGAAAGAGUCCAGUUCAGCGAUGAGAAUCAAACAUUAAACACAACCAUGCAGGCGAACGUGUAAAUAAAACUUGUGACAGAUUCUAUAGAAAGAACAAGAAAAGGAUGAGUCCUGAUUUAGGUAGGGCGGUCAAAAAAAGACUUCCCCAAAGUUGACACUAAAGUUGCAACAGGAGAAGCUAAUGGCAAGGACCAGGGAGAAUGCAUUUCGGAAAAGAAAGGUACCCCUGUGUUUUCCCGCGUUGGCCAAGAAUAUGGCCUGAGGUAGGCUCAGUGUUUCAAAUGAGGAGCUUGCUAUGUGUCAAGCACUGUGGUGGGUAUCCAGAAGAGGUGUGUAGCUGACCCGGAGAGAUCACCCUAAGCAUAUGCAUAAGUAAAAUACUGAGCGUAGCAGGGAAGGAGAGGCGUGGCUAGUGUGUUGGGCUGUCUCCUGAGGUGAAAGAAGGCCCUGGAAGACAAGAUGAUGAAGCUGAUAACCACAGAUCGUUCUCAAAGAGAUGUUAUAAUGGAUCAUCAUGUUUCUACCAUUAAACCUCGAAGAAUCCAAAAUCAGAAUGUCAUUCACCGCUUAGAACGCCGGCGUAUCAGUUCAGGCAAGGCAGGUACCCACUGGCAUCAGGUCCGAGUGUUCCACCAGAAUGUCUUCCCUAACUUCACAGUCGUCAACGUUGAAAAGCCGCCUUGUUUCUUGCGUAAAUUCUCACCCGAUGGACGCUACUUUAUUGCUUUUUCUUCUGACCAGACAUCUCUUGAGAUCUACGAGUACCAGGGCUGUCAGGCCGCAGAGGACCUCUUGCAAGGAUAUGAAGGGGAGAUCUUAUCCAACGGCAAUGACCAGCGGUCAGUGAGCAUCCGGGGCCGGCUCUUUGAGCGCUUUUUUGUCCUGUUGCACAUUACCAACGUAGCGGCCAACGGCGAGCACUUGAACCGCGAGUGUAGCCUCUUCACUGAUGACUGCCGCUGUGUCAUCGUGGGUUCCGCCGCCUAUCUCCCCGAUGAGCCUCACCCCCCUUUCUAUGAGGUCUAUCGGAACAGUGAGUCAGUGACCCCCAACCCGAGAUCCCCUCUAGAGGACUAUUCCCUCCACAUCAUCGACCUUCACACUGGCCGUUUGUGUGACACACGCACAUUCAAGUGUGACAAAGUGGUCCUGUCACACAACCAAGGGCUGUACUUGUACAAAAACAUCCUGGCCAUAUUGUCUGUGCAGCAGCAGACCAUUCACGUCUUCCAGGUGACUCCGGAAGGUACCUUUAUCGACGUGCGGACCAUUGGCCGCUUCUGCUACGAGGAUGACCUGCUCACCGUGUCAGCUGUUUUCCCUGAGGUGCAGCGGGACAGUCAGACAGGCAUGGCCAAUCCCUUUAGGGACCCUUUCAUCAACUCCCUCAAGCACCGCUUGCUGGUUUAUCUCUGGCGCAGGGCGGAACAGGAUGGCAGCGCCAUGGCCAAGAGGCGUUUCUUCCAGUACUUUGACCAGCUGCGGCAGCUGCGCAUGUGGAAGAUGCAGCUUCUGGAUGAAAACCAUCUCUUCAUCAAGUACACCAGCGAGGACGUGGUGACACUGCGGGUCACCGACCCGUCUCAGGCAUCCUUCUUUGUGGUGUACAACAUGGUGACGACGGAGGUGAUCGCAGUGUUUGAGAAUACGUCAGAUGAGCUUCUGGAGCUCUUUGAGAACUUCUGUGACCUCUUCCGCAAUGCGACCCUGCACAGUGAGGUCCAGUUUCCUUGUUCGGCUUCUAGCAACAAUUUUGCACGGCAGAUCCAGCGCCGGUUCAAAGAUACGAUUAUAAAUGCCAAGUAUGGAGGGCACACGGAGGCUGUGCGCCGGCUGCUAGGCCAGCUCCCCAUCAGUGCCCAGUCUUACAGUGGGAGCCCCUACCUGGAUUUGUCUCUCUUCAGCUACGAUGACAAGUGGGUGUCAGUCAUGGAGCGACCCAAGACUUGUGGAGAUCACCCGAUCAGGUUCUACGCCCGGGACUCUGGCUUGCUGAAGUUUGAGAUCCAGGCAGGCUUGCUGGGCCGCCCCAUCAACCACACGGUGCGUCGCCUCGUCGCCUUCACCUUCCACCCCUUUGAGCCGUUCGCCAUUUCGGUGCAGAGGACUAACGCAGAGUACGUUGUCAACUUCCACGUGCGGCACCGCUGCACCUCGGCGCCUCACCACAGCCGCGCUGGCCAGGACUUCGCCCCUGCUUGACUCCGUGGACUCCAGAGCAGAAGCCUCUGGUUGCCAGCUUUGGGGAUUCCAGACUGGAACCUCCCCCCACCUAAGACAGGGCCUUCGAGGAGUGGGAUUGGUGUUCCUGUUACCCAGCUGAUGUUUUGUAAAGUUGUCUGGCUUUUCCCUGUGGGAACACCUAGCAUUAAGUCCAUUUUAUUUUGUUUACUUAGCAUUUUAUGGCUGUGAAAAUAGAAGCAUUACACCUUUCCUCCUGGCUGCACCUCUUUGGCAUUCAGGUCUGAAGCCUGCAGCAGGUAAAUCAUGUUUACUCCUGAGAAUUAUGUACUUCUUUCCAUUUCUCCAACAAGCAGGGCUCUUUAUAAGAGAGAAUAAAGCCUUGGUAUUUUCUUAUGAAA